AUGAUUUCCGUAUUAGUUCAGGCCACUGUAGAACAAUUCUGGGGUGAUUUGGGUGUUUCACCAUAUUGGCCUCUGAUGUUGAAAGGAUCUGUAGGAGAUGAUUUAGAACAUCUGGAGAAAGAUCGGGCCAUUAAAACAGAUCCUGAUGAUAACAGAAAAAGACGCACAAUUCGCUUGGUCAAGAAAAAUGAUUCUUGGGGCUUUGCUCUUCAGACGUAUGGUGUUAAAAAUAAGCGUACCAAUGAGAUAGAAGUUAUGACUUAUGUAGAUUAUGUGGAGUAUAAUGGACCAGCAUGGAUUGCUGGUUUACAAAGAGGAGAUAUAUUUUUAUCUAUUAAUGGUGAACCAGUAGAGGGAGUCACACAUAAACAACUUGUUCAGAAAAUACGCCAAGCUGGAGAUGCUAUGAGAGUUGUUGUGUUAUUUGAAGAUUGUUGUCGAAAAGUUGAACUUUAUGAAAAAUUUAUAAAAUUAAAGCAAGUUCUAUCUUUCAAACUACAAGAGCUACAACAACUGAAGGUCAAAGAAAAUCUAUUAUUGAAAGCUGGUGGUUUGAAAAGAAUAGAAGAAAUACGUUUGAGCACAAGAAGUACCCAGAGUUCUAUAUCAAGUGAUUGGGAUAGAUAUAGUAUGGUGGGAAACUCAGUCUCGCUUUCAAACAUCCCUACUCAUAUUCGUGGAAAACGGAAACUCUUAACAGUGACCAACGAUUCGCUCAGUGACAUUUCAUUUGAUAACGCAAGUUUCUCUGAUAGCGAUAGUUGUCUAAAUCUUAAUUCAAGUGCUACAGACUUAUUUCAGACAGCUUUGAAACAGCGCUCAGAAAAUAUUGAUAAUGUUUCCGAAUACAGUCUGCCUCUUAACACACAUGCAAACUUUCAGCUUGGUGGAAAAAUGUUACGAUUUUCUGAGGACGACAUUUCAAGCAUAGGUUCAUUCGAUAAUAUAGUGCCAAAAAAUAAAUUACAAACUGUUCAAAGUUGUGACAUUAGACACUCAGAAAUUACAUGUGUCAAAGUUUCAGAUAUUCAAAUUGUGGUUAGCGAAUCAGAUGAUCCUGUUGAGUCAGGUGAUGAUCUUGUAAUAUCAGAUUGUGAAAGUGAGGGUCAAAGUUCAAGUAAGUUAGCAGAAGACAAAUCACAUGUUGAAGAUCAGGAAGAGACUGAGAGUGUUUCAACAGAAACAGGGAGAUUUGAAAAUGGCAUUAUUAUCAGUGAGAAAGAUGAGCUUACAAAACUGUGA